CCCUCUCGCCCAACGACGACGUAAAAAUGUCCACCACCCAGAAGACCCAGAAGCCCAAGGCUGGCCGUUCCGCCAUCGCCGAUGUUGUCGCUCGCGAGUACACCAUCCACCUGCACAAGCGUGUCCACGGUGUUUCCUUCAAGAAGCGCGCUCCCCGCGCCAUCAAGGAGAUCAAGGCUUUCGCUGAGAACGCCAUGGGCACUCGCGACGUCCGCCUCGACCCCCAGCUGAACAAGAAGGUCUGGGAGUGCGGUAUCAAGGGUGUUCCCUUCCGUCUCCGCGUCCGCAUCUCGCGCAAGCGUAACGACGAGGAGGGCGCCAAGGAGAAGCUCUACUCCUACGUCCAGGCCGUCAACGUCAAGGACCCCAAGGGUCUCCAGACCACCGUUGUCGAGGACGCAUAAGCCUAUCGCCACGGCAUGCUGGAUUGAACUUGAUUGUUUUCACAAAAGGGGGCGCUGGUCAAUGGAUUGGGAAUGAACAACUGUUUUACAUUUUUUACUGAGCUGGGAUGCAUCGGUUUACGGCCAUAAACCAUCGAGUCACGAUAUGGCGGGAAAAGCAAAGUACUUUUCUUGU